GCACGAACAGAGACAGAACAUCGUGAUACACAAACGGAAGUAGACGAUAUACGAUUAUUGCGCGCAUUAUAUUUUUUCGCUUUCGGUUUCGAAAACGAAAGGUACAAAACGAUAGAAUAUUUUCAUAUAACGAAUUAAUAAGACGGAUACAAAGCGAUUUUUUAAAUAAAGAAAAUAAAAAUCGUUUGGAAAAGUAUUUGCCAUUACAAAAAAAAAGAAAAGAAGAGUAUAAAGCGGCAAGUGAAUCAUAAUCCGCACAAACACACACACAAACUGCAACAAAUAAAGCUGGAAUUGAAAAACAACAACAAGAACGAAAACUAAACUAUAACAACAACAAAAUGUCAAUGUUCGAUAAAUACUAUGAAAAUGCAACAACAAAAAUCCACAACAACAACAAGUGAUAACUAAGUGAAUUUUUUUUUUUAAAAAAAGCUCUCCAGAAAAAAAAGUGAAAAUAAAUUUUGUAACCCACUUUUAAAACUCCCAAACAUAAAACUGAUAUGGCGGACUUCUCGGUAGAACCACACAGCAAAAGCGGUGAUAAAUCAACGUCCAUGGAAAAUCCACAAACAAAUAGAACAACAAACAGCCAAAGCAAACACAGAGAUUCAUAUUCAAAUGACGAUGCAGAUGAUGAUGAUGUCGUUUAUCAUUUAAAACAGUGUUAUCGCAGAGUUCCAAAAUCCAAAUCCUCCUCCGAAGAAGAAAAACAAGAACACCACCACCGAAGAAGACGCCGACAAUGUAAUCCAAGUGCUAUCGGUGGUUCCACAAAUUCGUGUCACUUUAGAGCGUCUUCUUCUUCUCCACUGCCAACUUCAAAUGCCCUGCAUAAGCAUUUUUCCUGCUGCAGCCUUCGUCUUGGCAUUGGUGGUGGGCUCAUGGUCAUGCCAUGGCGUCAUUGUCUGAUAAUCGCCUCCGUACUGGUGCUAUUCCAUGCCAUGUCGACCACACUGGCUGCACCUCAGUCAUGUAUUCUCUGUGAUAAAAAUGAUUUACAAUCCAAAGAUCCGCAAACGAAUUACGAAGAGUUUCUGUUCGAACAUCAGGUGACGCGGCAGGAUGCAAUAAAUGCGCUGAAGCAGUUGAAUGAGAGCUUCUAUGAUGGUCUCCAAUCCGAUAGUUCCUGCAAUGCUGUGCGCUGUACGGAAAAGGUCAACAAAUAUUGUCUGGGACCACAAUUCAUCAACGAUCAUUGUUAUUGUGAAUUUGGACAUAGUACUGAGGGUUUACCAUUUGUCCCACACAUGUGCUAUGUCGGCGAGAAGGCGUAUAAACCAUCAGUGGGUUCCUGCUUUUUCUACGAAGAGGUGAAAGAGUGUUGCUGUUCAGCUCUUCUGGCGAGAGAAUGGCGCCACAUAUCCUCCUCAUCCAGUUUGCAUCGAAGUUCAUCGACAAUUGUUUCGAAUUAUCACAAUGUGCUAUUCAUCACCUGUCUAUAUCUUUUAAUUAGACAUUUAUAUUUCUAAGGCACCCCCCUCCAACUCAGCGAUAAAUUUUCCCCCUCCCCUUUGGGGUUGGAAAAUAAACCACUAUCCAAGUAUUUAUUUAGUUGUUAAAUAUUGUAUGGAAUAAAAUUAAUUUAAUAGUUUUAAAAAAAUGAAUGAUUGUAUCUAUGUUAUCUACUAGUCAUGAAAAUGUAAACCUAUGUAUGUAAUGUGUGUUUGUUUCAUUAUUAUAUAUAUAUUUUUUGUUGUUAUUUUAGUAACUAAGACUAUGUGGGCAAAUAGCAAACCAAAUGUGUAAAUGACACAGGUGAAUGCACAUUUUGGCAUACAGUCAAAGGAAAAAAAUGAAAUGAACAAAGGAGCCUAGGGCCAAAAUCGAACUAAGUCAACCUAAAACUCCUUUGUUCAUCUGCCGUUAAUUAAUAAAUAUUUUGCAUUUUUGUUUACAAAGACAGAUAUUUUUGUUGACAUGAAUGUGUAAACCACUCUCUCUCUCUCCCUGUGAAUAAACCAAUGUUAUAGUGUUUUAAUUUUUUACAUUAUUUUUCCAAAAAGAAAAUUUACUCAUUGCUCAUAUCAGGUUCAUACUGUGGUUAAUUGAGAAAUAUUUUGCCAUUUUUUUUUUUUUGAUUUAUCAAUUCAGUUAUAUUUAUAAUAUGACAUGAAGUGUAAACCUCUCUCUGUCUCUCCCUGUCAAUAUACAUAAACGACCCCCAUAUAACAAUACCUACAUUCUGUAUAGUUUUUUUUUUUGUAUAAUUGUUUGUGUCCAUAUAUUAAAUAAUUUACGUAUAAUUGUAAUAUGUUUGGUUCAUUAAAAUAUAUAAUCCUUUAAGAAAUAAUCAAAAGAGGUCACAAAACCACAAGAUCAAAAUCAAAAUGUAACACCACAAUUACACAACACAACUUAAUUAAUUACACAGUGCUACAAAUUAAAAAGAAAAUUUUUAAUGAU